GAUGGUAUCGACGUAUCUCUGUCUGUUUUGGUUGAGUCACCUCGGACCAUGCCUUCAUUAACCACUGAUGCCUUACUGUGUGGUUAUAGGCAGAAACCAACUAGAAUCAUGCAAACUAACAGAUAAUUCUUGCGACAAACUAAGGCCUUAUUUGAUUAUUUUUAUGCUUACAAAUGUUUAGAUCUUUACAUCGGUUUGGCGGUGUAACGAACGAUUCGUCAAAAUGACGGAGAAAGAAAUGGAUAGGUUCCAAGUACCCCCAGUAACAGAGACACAGCCCUUGUAGUGGACAGAUGAGCCAUUGCCGAUGCUGCUGCCGGAGGCCCGACCGCUGCGAGCUGCUAACGGUGUGCCACCCAAGAAACUCUGGCGGACCAGCAGGUCAUUGUUAGCUGGGACAUAACAUCAAUUAUUUUAUGCAGGACCCAGCAGCAUCCGACACCUCUGAGGUCGACUCUGACACUAGAGAAGGUGAGACAGUGGCCAUGAACUACAAGCCCUCCCCACUGCAAGUGAAAAUAGAGAAACAGAGAGAGCUGGCCAGGAAGGGAUCAGUAAAGAAUAGCCCCGUCAACCACCAACCAAAGAAGAACAACGUCAUGGCCAGAACACGUUUGGUGGUGCCAAACAAAGGCUACUCCUCUUUAGACCAGACCAGCCCGGAUGAGAAGCCCCUGGUAACACUGGACACAGACAGUGAUGAUGACUUUGACAUGUCCAGAUACUCUUCGUCUGGAUACUCCUCCGCCGAGGUGAGAUGUCUGAGGGACCAGCAGAUCAACCAGGAUCUCAACAUCCAGCUUCUGAAGGACGGUUACCGGCUCGACGAAAUCCCUGACUAUGAAGAUCUGGAUCUGAUCCCGCCCAAAUCAGUCAACCCCACCUGCAUAUGCUGCCAAGCCACCACCUCCUCAGCCUGCCUGAUCCAAUUGCCCCUCCCACAAUAUACGCCAUGACUCCACCCUCUGCAGUGAGCUCACCUCACCACUGGGGCGGCGACAGGGAGAAAGAAUGCAAUAAUCGGAGGGAGAGAAAAAAACAGAAGAAUAGGUCUAUUGGGAUUAGUGUGGAUAUGAAAAGGGUGAAAAUGCACAAAAUAUGUACUCCUAUGGUAGGACAUGUGCGUACAUUUGUUUGUUAUGUUCCAGUGAGGUACUAGGUUUUUUUGUCUGAGUAGUAUUCUUGGAAUAAAACACAAGGACAAAAGGA